AGCUCUGUUCCCUCCCAUCCGUCCUCUGCAGAAACCAGCGACAUGUGGACCGGACUGAACGACCUGGCGCUUGCCGGCACGUUGGUGUGGUUGGACCGCCACGAGGUGACCUUCACCCACUGGGCCCCAGGAGAACCCAGCCAGCGCGUCGGCCUCGGCAAACACUGCGUGGCUGUGCUACGGCAGACUGGAAGAUGGAAGCUAAUGUCCUGCGCCCAAGUCAACAGCUUCAUGUGCAAAAUGCCCACAGCGCAUUUUCCAAUUGCCUCACCGACUCCUACCAUCCCCGUCGUGUCAGUCCCCAAGGUCGUGGCCAACCCGAGCCCGAUGCUUGCCCCAGGCAAAAGUCCCUCAUCGAAGCCACAGGCUGCCGGUGGAGAAACUCUACAAAGGCGCCCUCCAAGCAAGUCAUCGAAGAAGAAGAAGAAGCAGCAGCAGCAGAAUUAAUAGCCUACUCUACUCUGUUCA